CAGGUUUGUGCUGUCCACUUGUGAUUAACUUGUCUGCUCAACUGUAUGAAUUGAUUAAAUGUGUUUAUCGGAACUCUAUACAUAUGUAACAAGAAAAGGACAGUGUACAUUACCAAUCUUUUAUUACCAAUCAAUCAAUCAUGUUGCAUAAUCUGCUGGUAGAUUGUAUGAAUUAGUAAACGUAUGCCGAUCCGUAUACCUAAAAGAUCAUAGCAGUAUAACUAUUCCUUAUUAUAUUAAUACCCUGCUUUUAUUGGCAUGUAGAAAUUCAAGCAUGGCUGAGCUGGGAAUAUUCUCCUAGUAACAAAUUUCAUAUUAGCAUUAUGAGCACAAGCACUAAUGCUAAUGCUUGUGAGGACUUGGAUCUCUUCAUAGGAAAUACUGCAAUUGUUGAUCAGAAGUGCUUUAUUAACACUAAUUUUGAAAACUAUAUAUACCACAUUUUAGAAAACACUAUACCCAUUGUGUUAAACUUACCUUUAAGUAAUUCAAAGCACUGACGACAGCUGUAUUUUUGAAAACUACAGCGUCUGUGUGUGUGUGUGUGUGUGUGCAGGGUGCUCCAUGUGACUCCUCUCACGAAACAGUGUGUGAUAGUCAUCAGACAGGGUUCUCUCACUACUAGAGCUUGUGCUCUUCCACACACCUAGCACAGAGAUCUGCCAGCUGUUAAGCCUACAAGCACUAGUGUAACUUUUUUCAUUGUUGGUACUCCAGUCUGCUUCCUCUUAUGAAACUCUGCGGCAUAUUCUGUAGUUUUAGGUAGUAAUGCUUUUAAUUUCAUUUUAUGUUAAGGAAUUCUUCUAAUAUAUCAAAUAUACACCGCUUUCUUGUGGUAGAUGGGAAGAUGCUUAAAAUUUAAAUAUGUCCAUCCUUCACUAUAGCAACAAGAGACGCAACUGUUCAAGGCCUCUCCCUCCCGCGUUAUAGCUCGGUUGCGUAGCAACGCAUAAACUUUCAAGAGCAGUUUGACAUGGACAGAGAGACGAUGAUAAACAAAGGCCGCCUCUAGAGGUUCCUUCUCUUACUGUGUGAGUUGCCCGCGUCUUUCCCACAAUAAUGUCCAAGGCACAUCCAAAGAAAAAGGAGUCAUCUUCCAGCAAAGUGUCUUUAUCCGACCGGCAGACGGAAGCAGCGUCUCUAGCAGCCACUUCCUCUGAGAGCCUAGGAGGUGUGGGGAAAUACAGGGUCCCCAUUUGGCCCGAGUGGAAUGAUGCAGACGUCAACAGGGAGAAAUGGGACUCAAACAGAGGUCCUGAGGAUGGCAAGCCAACCAAGAGUCCUAGUGCUCCAUUUUUUGAGGAUCCCGAAGGAAAGCUUCUUCUGCCUCCGUGUUUGAAAGUUCACACCUGGAAGCGCCCAGCAGAGUUUAUUGUUGACAAGACUCCCACUGUCGUUGACAAUCAAAUGACAUUUGACCUAGUCUCCCCUAAUUGUCAUCUGCUUUGUAGUGAGCUGAUGAGGUGGAUUGUCAGCGAGAUCCACAUUCUUUGGAUGCAGUUGAACUGCCCAUCUACAGAGCACGAGGGAUGGAGACCUUGGGGGCACAUCUACUCUAUGUGUAAGGUGGUGAAUGGUCAUGUGCCACUUUUCAACAGCUAUGGCAAAUACAUCAUCAGACUUUACUGGAUGGGUUGUUGGAGGAAGAUAUUAGUGGAUGAUUUUAUGCCAUUUGAUGAGGACAAUAACCUGCUUCUCCCUGCCUCUACCUGUCAGUCAGAGUUAUGGCCAAUGCUGCUGGCUAAAGCUCUAAUUAAAGUGGCAAACACAAAUUUGUCAGAUGUCUGCGGGGGGAUGGACCAGUUCACUUUUAUCCACACCCUCACCAGCUGGAUUCCAGAAACUCGUCCUAUAAAGUCAGUGUACUUGAGAGAAAUUUGGGAUUUCUUACAACACUCCAUUCCUACAUUUAAACACCUGGAUGACAGUUUGCCAGUGACGAAGCCUGAGCCCACAGAUGCAGCUCAAGUGAAGGAUUCCACCCUAAGUAGAAGAAAGAAUCAGCUACUGGAGUCAGAGCAAUGUAAAGCAGACCCUGACAUAGUGGUUUGUGCUGCUUGCUACCCUUUUCAACUACAUAACGGUUCCUUUGGGUUUCGCCAAAUGGCUAAUUCCUCUGAAUUUCUACGUCGUUAUGGCCUCUCCUUGCUACACAGCCAUGCUGUCCUGUUGACUCGUACCCGCGCAUGCCCGCUAGAGUCACCACCCAAACCUCCACCUGUGCCCCGUUGGAAACUCAUCCGUCAGCCCAAGGAGAUCUUGGUCACUGCUGAACCAAAGAAGAUCCCUUUGUCAAAACCAGAGCAGUUCAUUGAGGUUGCCAGCCCUUUUCUCUCCUACCGUACCAGGAGCAGCGGGGGCUCAGUUCCAGAGCCAGAGACCAAGCAAAACACUCCCAGGAAGUGUUCCCACAGAUCCCCUCUGGUCUCCAUUACUGAGGAAGAGGAGACUGAAUGUCAAGAAGGCCUUGAGCUUGACGCGGCUGAAUGCACCACUAACUCACCAAACUGCACUGACAAAAUGGAGGUUACUGCAGAGGACAAGAAGAACAGUGAUGACAUCUCCAAUGAUAGGCCCCAAACUGAAAUCAAAGAGCCUGUAACUAAGGAAUCCUACUAUGCGACUAACAAGCCGGUCCUACAGAAGACCUGGGUUGACCUGGAGGACUUUGAUAAAUGCUUUCAGACUCUCUUGGUGUUUCAUAAACCACAGACUUACCAGCAUCAUAUUCAGAAAUCACAUUUUAAGAAUACUGUCCUCUCCAAAACAACAGUAGCCGUCAAAUGCAGUGGAUCAUCCACACAGACACUUAGCUCCGGAUCCCUUGCUGUAGCAAGCCCCGAACAGUGUCCAGAGGUGAGAGGCACUUAUUACCUGUGUGUGGACAGCCUGCAACCUUCCCAGAUCCUCAUCAGCUUCUCUUCUCUUCUUCUCUGGGGACAUGCAGCUGAGGAGAAACAGGAAAUGUCAGCAGCACGUAGGUCUGCAGUUCUCAUCGCCGUGCCACACUCUUGGACAAGUCUGCAGUCUCAGCUGCCAGUUCUCUCCAUCAAGACCACCUCCACAAAGGCAGCUGUGUUAAACUUGCCCUCGGGGCGGCAUGUGCUGUGCAUCCACAUAAAUGCAGCAUUGGGUUACCAUGUCCACCUCUGCAGCAAGACACCAUUUAUCUUUGGAGAAGAAGAAACCAUCAUGCCACACCUUACAAAGGAAAGUGCCCAUUUCACUGAGCAGGCCUCUUCCAUCUUUAGGGCCCUGUCCAGAUUGGUGGCUUCUUUUAGUGAUAAGCAGCAGCAGCCAGCACUAAGAAAGGGUCUUGAAGAAACUCACUGUCCCAGAAACAUCAGCACCACCCAGGAAAAAUGGGAGCACUGCAAGGUGUUUAACUUGGCAGUUUACCACAUGCUGCGUGAGGCUCUGGGGAGGAAGCUGAAAGCAGACGAGCAGUUUGCUGUACAAGCUCUCACUGCUGACCCUUCACUGUUCCCUGAAGAAUACCCCCCUAUAUUAAAUGCAGAUUUGGAGCCCCCAGAAAUGUGGAGAGACAGGGAGCCAACAGAUAGAGAGGUCAAGGCAGUGACCGUUCUGCAGGCUGGAUUCAGAGGGCACUUGGUGCGCGAGAUCCUUGAUGCCUCAAAACCUGGAACGAAGGAGAACCUCAAUGCGUCCAAGAUCCUUUCAUCCGUGUGGUCGACAAUUGAAUGUGAUGCACACAAACAUGCAGCUUUCUUGCUGAGGCAUAUCAUCAACAAUUCUAAGAGGAAAGCGGACCUCUACCCAUGUCUACGAGAUGAAUCGACUAAAAUCGCCUUUGCUGAUUACACUGUCUCUCUUCCAGACACAGCCAACUCAUGGGUCUUGGUCUUUAGAGAGAUUUUCCUGGUUUCUGAGGAGAUGCUGGUGAUACCAAAGGUCUACUCUCCAAUCCCUAAUUGUCUCCUGCACGUCAUAAAUAAUGACACAGGAGAGGAGGUAAACACGGUCUUCAACAGAGUAGCACCCCAUGUCUAUCAACCCAAUAAGCUUGGUUAUACCUUUGUAGCGGAAGCUAUCACACCUGAAUUACCCCCUUCUGGUGCAAAGUGGAGGAUGUGCUUGAUCGGCUCAAAGGAACCACUUCCAAAGCUGUCCCGCGACACCCCAGUUAGUGAAUUCUCAGUAGAGGAAUUACGGGAGUAUUACAUUCCAAAUAACAAAAAUCUCAUUUGUUGUUACAGAGUACAUGUAACAACAGACACUGUAGCAACCGUUCAGCUUCAGACUUCCCACCCAGAUGUAUUGAUACGUCUAUCCAUUCUGGACCAUGAGAAACAAGUAGCUGGCAAAACCGGGAAGGGCCAUGUGGUGAUUCCUGUUUUUUUCUUCCUGGUGAACAAAGACACCGAAGAAAAUAAACAGGAGCAGUCUCCUUCGGAGAACACUCUCCAGCAAAAUGAAGGGGAAGACAGCGCAGUUAAAAAAUCUAUCUCCUCAUCUGACCAGUACCAGCCUCCCACAGAGACUAUGGUAUCACUGACAACUGUCUGCGUGGUUCACAAGUACGUGGUGCAGGCAGAGGUGCUUUAUAAGACUUGGAAUCUGAGUGAAUCCCAGUUGGCUUUUGCUUGUUCAGUCAAAGACUUGGAGAACAAUGAGACAAGAGUAAAUAAGCUUGAGGAUGUAAAGCGUUCAUCUACCACUAGCACACCAAAUCGUGACGGCCUCAAGUCUGAUGCAACCAAAACCCAGCGCAAAACCAAAGGAGACAAGGGGAAGCCAGCUGUCGCUAAUGAAACGAGCCUUGACCUAACUAAACCAAACUGGAUGCUACGUGUUGUCACGGACAACAGCAAAGCAAAAGGCAUCGACGUUAAGAGAGACACAGAAAGAAUAGACCAGAUUAAAACCAUUAAAAAAGCAUGGGAAAUGGCCGAGCCGGGACGCUCUGCCAAGGCUUUUCAGUCUCGUCUCCAUUUUCUUAAACAAGUGCAGCAAAAAGAGUGUGGUGAUGCUGCUACAGAGGAAAACAAUGAUGCUUCAAGACCUGGUCAAGACAUCUCUCAGAGUGCAUCCAAUCAGAAGUUGACUGACACCCCCUGCUCCUUUCCUCACAUGGACUACAGUCACUUUACCAGACACCAAAAGGAUUAUCCAGUGGUGAUGGACUCAUACAUAGAAGAGGCCCAGCAGAGGGAGCGCACUGAAAAGAUCCAGACUUACCGGUUGGUCCGAGAGCAUGUGUUGGAGUGCAGAAAACAGGAGGCGUUCAAAAGGAAGGAGCUAAUGAAAUGUCAGCUGGAGAUGUAUCAAAACAUGCAGGCAGCCUUUGAGCAGCGCUGUAAGAACUUUCACAAUAUGUGCGAAGCAUUUAAUAGCCGUCAUCGAGCAAGCAUCAAAAAGGAACAAGAAGAGAAGGAGGCUCUGGAGGAGGCCCAGUCCGCAGCUCUGGAAAAACAAGCAGCCUUCACCUCUGCUUCCGCACAGCCACCCAACAAGCAAGACAAGAAAGCUGGCAAGAAGAAAUGAUAGUCUUUGGCACCAACAUCCAGUCUCAAUUCUCCUCAGUAGACAUCUCAGAAGUAGUCACACUGAAUUAUCGUCAUUGUGUCCCAGCAUUGUUUACGUGCGCCUUACGAAACAACAUCAGAUGGGAAGUUUAUUUGUUCACGAUUCAGUGCGUUCGCCUUUUCACUACACCUUUAACUUUGAAACAACUAGUUGCUCUAACUAUAGUGUUUAUUAAAUGUUCUAGUUUGAUAGUAGUUUAACAAAGAUGUUCACACAAUUAUAAUAUUUAGAUCAUAUCCCAUGAGAUAUUUAAUGUGUUCUUUACCUAUACUGUUCAUUAAUAGCUAUGAAAGCAGGAUUUGUAGUUUUUAUUCAUUUGAAUCUAAAGUGAAUGUUCACUGUCCAUGUUUUCUUUUGCUCUACACAAGAAUAAAACACGUUUCAAAUUCUCUUGCUGAAACUGUAAAAAUAUUGCUGAGCUAACCUUAAAACUGAAUUGGAGGUCUGAAGGAUUUUUUUUUAAUGGCAAAGCUAGUUUUUAGUUUAAGUUAAGAUAACUCUUUAUUGUCAUUGCACAGUCAUACAUACAAGGACAUGAUACGACACAUCACAAUGCAACACAAAC